CUUUUCAUUGGGUGUUACCAAGCUUCCCAGUCCCAUAAUCAUCAUUCGAUCCUCUCCAUGGAAAAGCUCCCACCUCGCAUAGAGGCCUUCCUGGGCCGCCUCCUUGCCAACAAAAAGGGUCGCGAUGCCAGACUCCUCACGCGCUGCUGCGCUGCCCUCCGGGCUCUCGAGCCCACCAUCGAGAUCACAUCCCCGAUCGGCCCCUCGCACUCGACCCUCCCUCUGGAGUACACCCCCCUCGCAGCAAACCGAUUUCCUCCGCUUGCCUGGUCGUUGCCCCCCAGCGUGGAGAGGACCUUAGUCGACAGCUAUGUGUUGAUUGUGGAAGAUCCCGAUGCACCCCUUCCUUCCCCGGUGGUGCAUGGGCUUUACUACGGCAUCCCCGGCGGCACAUGCGAAGUGGGACCAGAGCACUUCCUCGUGGCCGACGGCGGCAGCGACAAUCGACUGGAGGGACAGUUCCGCUACGGCAGGAACUGGCACAACAACGUGUGGAGUGGGCCACGUCCGGUGUUAGAGCAUGGGGAGCAUCGAUAUUUCUUUCAAUUGAUCGCUUUGAAGGCGGCAGUGAGGAUGAAGGGGCAUUCAGUCACCAAGGAACAGCUGGUGGGAGAGUUGAGUGAGGAGAAUGUGCUCGGCUGGGGGGAAUGGGUGGGGACGUUUGAGCGAACACGGUGA